AUGGCAGCCUUUGCAGGAACCCAACAAAAAUGCAUGGCUUGUGACAAGACUGUGUAUCUUGUCGAUAAGUUAACAGCUGAUAACAGGAAUUUUCAUAAGGCCUGCUUUAGAUGCCACCAUUGCAGGGGUACGCUUAAGUUAAGCAACUACUGUUCUUUUGAAGGAGUUCUGUACUGCAGACCUCACUAUGACCAACUCUUCAAGAGAACUGGCAGCCUAGAUAAGAGUUUUGAAGGAACUCCAAAAAUUUUGAAACCAGAAAAACUUGUUGAUAAUGAGAAUGCAAGCAAAGUUUCGAAUAUGUUUGCUGGCACCAGAGAAAAAUGUGUAGGGUGCAACAAGACUGUCUAUCCAAUCGAAAAGGUUACAGUGAAUGGGACUCCAUACCACAGGAGCUGUUUUAAGUGUACCCAUGGAGGUUGUACUAUAAGCCCAUCUAACUACAUUGCACAUGAGGGAAAACUCUACUGCAAGCAUCACCAUAUCCAACUUUUCAAAGAGAAAGGGAACUACAGCCAGCUUGAGAAUGAACGCGAGAAAAAUCCAGUCACUGUGAACAUCACUGCUGUGGAAAUUGCUGCUGAAUCGUAA